AUGCUGCGGGGAGGGUUGCAGACCCUGACGGCGCGCGGGCCAGGCUCCGCAGUGCCGUGCGCCGCCGAGCCUAGUGCCGUGCGCCGCCGUGCCUUGUGCCGUGCGCCGCCGUGCCUUGUGCCGUGCGCCGCCGUGCCUUGUGCCGUGCGCCGCCGUGCCUUGUGCCGUGCGCCGCCGUGCCUAGUGCCGUGCGCCGCCGUGCCUAGUGCCUGCCGUGCGCCGCCGUGCCUAGUGCCGUGCGCCGCCGUGCCUAGUGCCGUGCGCCGCCGUGCCUUGUGCCGUGCGCCGUCGUGCCUUGAGCCGUGCGCCGCCGUGCCUUGUGCCGUGCGCCGCCGUGCCUAG